AUGGACCACAUCCUUGAAAACAAGUUCUUAAACAAAGAGAGUGCUUAGAGACAAGCAUUUGAAGAGCAUGACGAUAAGCUCUAAUUAAUAGACAAAUACGAAUAGAUGAAUGUUGAUGAGGCACAAUUCUAAAUAUUCGAAAGCUUCGUUAAGGAAAAGACAUAGUUGCUGGGCUACAUCCAAGAUCUAGUCGUUCAUUCAGCCAAAGCGCUUCAAAUAGAUGCUUCUCUCUUUUAUUCACAAGAAGUUAUUGAUCAGCAUAUAGGCAAAAUCAAGAACGAUGCAGAUAUCAUAAAUGUGAAAAACAGAGUCAUUAUUAUUCUAGAAAGAUAUUAAGAGCAGUCAGGAGUGCUUGAUUAGAUUUUGGAACAAAUCAUCUCACCCAUCAUGAAGUAUCUGCAAAUCUAUAUUAAGCAGGCUGUUGGCUAAAAUAACUAUGGAAUUCCAAAGGAAGUAUCUCACUUAUUCUAAAUUGUUCAUUGGAUCUGCAAAGUUAGAGGAUUCAAAACAAUCGUUAAAUUCUUCCCCCACGAAGUUAAUGAUAUGGAGCCUGUUGUAGAGAUGCUUCAUUUCUAAGAGACUGAGGAGUGGUGGAUUAGCUAUGUCCUGAUCCUCUGGCUUUCAAUUAUUGUGCUAGUGCCCUUUGAUAUUGAUACUAUAGAUUCGAAGAAGGAUAUUGAUAUUUUGGUCAAGAGAAUAAUCAACAUUUGCAAGACUCACAUCUCAAACUCAGGAAAGAUCAGAGAGGCCACUGCUGUUCUGCUUUCAAAGCUCAUGACUAGACCUGAUGUGAUUAAGUCAGGAGAAACAGACUUUUUCCUUAACUAUUUGGCAGUGGAAUAUGAGUAGUGCAAAAAUGAUGCGAAUUAGAUGUUUUUCGUCAGUGGCAUUCUUCAGACUUUGACAGAAAUUUUCAAAAUUGGCCACAGGGAAGAUUUAUUGGCCAGAGUUAAUACUGUCUUCGACCCUAUCCUGAAGAGUGAAGUCAAGAAUAAAUUCAUGGCCAAGAGCACCAAUCUAAGGAAAUCUAAGGUGCAACUGGCGCAGAGAAUUGGAUGUAUAUUCCUGAAACCCAAAGUAGCCAAGUGGAGAUAUCAAAGAGGUUUCAGAUCACUCCUAGAAAAUCUUCAAAGCAAGUCUACGCUCGCUUCAUCUUAAUAGCCUGCAUAAGAAGAAUAAGAGGAUGAAGAGAUGGAAGAAGAUGACAUUAAUUUUGAGCAGUUAGAGUACAUCAUUCAGUACUUAUUGGAGUCGUUAAAGGAUGAAGAUAAUGUGGUGAGAUGGACAGCAGCUAAAGGUCUUGGUCGUAUUACAGGAAGAAUGUCAAAAGAUUUUGCUGAUUAAAUUGUGGAAUAAUUAUUCGAUCUCUUUGACGACAAUGAGACUGAUUCCUCAUGGCAUGGAGGAUGUCUUGCGCUUGCUGAACUCUGCAGAAGAGGUCUACUAUUGCCAGAAAGAUUAGCGAGAUUCACUCCUACUCUUGAUAAAGCAUUGAUCUAUGACAUUAACAGAGGCAACCAUAGUGUUGGAGCUAAUGUGAGAGAUGCUGCUUGCUAUGUAGUCUGGUCAUUUGCUAGAGCGUAUGCUCCUGAAAUCAUGAAGCCUCAUGUUCAUACUCUCUCGACUUAGCUUAUUGUUGAGAGUUUAUUCGAUAGAGAGGUAAAUUGCAGAAGAGCAGCUAGCGCAACAUUUUAGGAGUGUGUUGGAAGGUAGGGAACAUUCCCUCACGGAAUAGAAAUUUUGACUGAGGCAGACUAUUUCACACUUAGCAACAGAGUCAAUGCCUACCUAAAUGUCUCCUGCUUUGUAGCCUAAUUCCCAGAAUACUUCGAGAGAAUGGUUUAGCAUCUAGCCUUCAUUAAGCUAAGACAUUGGGAACCUGAAAUUAGAGAACUUGCAGCCCAAUCCUUGUCAGUUAUUUGCGUUUUCAAUGCUGAGUAUAUUACAACUUAAAUCCUUCCCAAAUUAAUUGAGCUUUCAGUUGAUAAAGCUCUUCAUAUUAGACAUGGAGCUAUUCUUGGUGUCAGUGAAAUUCUAGUUGGGUUGUCAGGAAACUCCUCAAUAAAUAGAAAAGAAGUACUUGAAAGAGCAUUCAAAGCCCUAUCACUAAAAGAGAGAAAACUGAUUGAAGAGAGCUAGAAUAAAAAUGAAUUUUUGCAUAAAUAUUAGACAUUUAGCAGCACUAACUACCUUAAUGUGCAUGUUGCAGAGGGAUCAGAGCUAAGAUAGAAAAUCAAGCAUAUCAUUGAGGAGAUUGAUAAGCAAAAACUAUAUAGAGGUAAGGGAGGUGAGAUAAUGAGAGCAGGUGUUUGUCACUUGAUAUUCUCCUUAUCAAAAGCAAGAAUCCCCUUAUCUGAAGCCGAAAGGCUUUAUUUCUUUAAAACUAUGCAAGAAAACUUUAAGCAUCCAAAUAUUGAGAUAUAAGAAGAAUCUACUAAAGCUUUUAAGGCUUUCUGUCUGACAUAUCUUUCGCCAGAGGAUGAUCCUGAAAGGAUCUUAAUUUCUGACAAAUAGAUAGUAGCUGAAAUUAGGAGCAUGUUUAGACCAUCAGCUUUUGAUGAAAAUGUAGCUUUAACCAGAGGAUAUAAUAUGGCUUUUGGAGUGCUUUCAAGCUAGCUUUAUUAAGUGCUCUGCCCAGAUAUCUUUGAUACAUUGAUCAAGAACUCUAUUGCAAAAGGUAAAGAAUCCGAUGAUGCAGAUACGAGGAAGCAAGCAGUAAGGUCAAUAAUCUAGAGUCUUGAAAUUCAAGGAAUCAAAACUCUCCAGCACAAUAUACUUCACGAUAUCAUGGAAACUCUUUUCACUUGCAUGAAUGAUUACCAAAUUGACAGAAGAGGUGAUGUUGGAUGCUGGGUACGUGAGGUUGCUAUGCAAGCUCUAACCAGAUUUAUCAAGCUUCUAGUUGAGUCUCAAUAGCCUGAGAUAUUUGUGGCUCUCAAAGCAGAUUAACCAUAAUUCUAUGAGAAAUACGUUUGUGUACUUCUUCAAUAACUCAGUGAAAAAAUUGAUAAAGUUAGAGAAGUAGCCGGAAGAUGUCUCUAAUAAUUCUUCAAGAAAGCUGCACUUAACAUUACUGACUUCUCAGAGAAAGACCGACUUUCAGCCUUAUUCUGCUAGGAAUCAGAUCAGCAGACUAUCGCCAAUACUGAAUUGUCUGAUGAUCUUUCUUAUUUACCUUGGAGAAAUGCUGAUUUUGUAUUUAGCUAAUUGUCAACAUUCUUCGACUCUGCAGUGUAUUCACCAUCUAUAUUCAAGGGACUUAUUACUAGCAGUGGAGGACUUACUGAAUCAACAUUAAAAGCUAGUUCAAAUUCUUUGUUUGAGUAUCUAUCUACAAUGGGCAAAGAUAAAGAAUAAGGACUUAAAAAUAAGAAGGGAUUCCUUGGAAAAUUGAUUUAUAUAUUCCAGGAAAAUCUCAAAGAUGAGAGAGUAACUAUCCCCUUAAUGAAGACUAUCGAGAUGCUACUUACUUCAGAUUACCUUUCUGACCAAGAAUUGGUUGAUGAAUUGAAGCAAAUCCAUUAAUUGACAGUCUAGGAAUGCAAUAAAAACAAGAAUAUUGUAAAACUAAUGUCAUCUGCAGGUGUCUUUAGUGGAAUGCUCUAAUUUUAAGAAUAAGAUCUGCUGUAAAGAGCUGUUAGAAGUCUUCUUUUCUUGCUAUAUCACUCAUUCCCCAAAGUUAGAAUUUUGACUAGUGAGAAACUAUACACUGCUCUCUUGACUAUGGAGGAUUACUCACUGAUUAUUCCAAACGGUGAGGAAGACUAUGACAAAGCUGUAGAAAUGCUGAGUGAGACAAAUUGGUCUGAAAAAUUAAGCAUUAUCAGCACAGGUAAAGAGUCUAUGUAUGCAGUUUUUGGAAUGCAGACUCAAAAAGCUCAAGCUGAAGCUUAACCUAAAGCAGAUGGAGAGUCAGUUCAAAUCUCAACGUGA